AUGGGAAAACUAACGGAGGACGUGCAACAACUGAUCGACAUGAAGAAGGGAAUUGAGGAGCAGCUUCAACUGAUCGAUCACCUGCAGCAGCUUGGGGUGGCGUAUCACUUUAAGGAGGAUAUUAAGGAUGCUUUAUGGACAAUAUACCGUUCCAUGGAAGAGGUGAACACGUUGCUGAAGGAUAAUCUUCAUGCCACGGCUCUUAUGUUCAGGCUUCUCAGAGAACAUGGGUUUGCUGUUUCUGAAGGUGUCUUCAACCGAUUUAUAGUUGAGAAGGGCAACUUGAAAGCCAGCCUUCGCCACCAGACUGAAGCAUUGGUGAGCUUGUACGAGUCUUCCCAUCUUGCAAAGGAAGCAGAGCACGUGCUGGAAGAAGCUAUAAACUUUACAACUAAACAGCUCAAGAGCCUCAUGGAGGGAUCACUUGAGCCUCAUCUCAGGGAGCACGUAGCCCAUGCCUUGGAGCUUCCAUUGAACUGGAGGAUGCCGAGGUUACAGACCAGGUGGUUCAUAGAAGCAUCCCAAAGGGAAGCGAAGAUGAACCCUGUCCUGCUUGAAUUGGCUAAGUUGGACUUCAACAGGGUUCAGAGCAUACAUCAGAGGGAACUCAGAGAAGUGUCGAGGUAUUUUGAGCUUGCUUUACUUGAAUCAUGUCAUGUACAUUCUGCCCUCGUGCAUGAAUCAGCAAACUUCAGCACAAACUUCUGGCUGUCGAUCAGAUGGUGGAGCAAUCUUGGCCUGGCGCAGAGGCUUCCAUUUUCGAGGGACAGGGAGGCGCAGACAAAGGCAAACUGCCUGAUAACAACAAUAGAUGAUGUGUACGAUGUUUACGGCACCAUGGAUGAGCUCGAGCUUUUCACGGAUGCCGUCGAUAGAUGGGACGUUAAUGCAACGGGCAAACUUCCAGAGUACAUGAAGAUAUGUUUUCUAGCCCACUUCAACACUACAAAUGGCACCGCAUACAAUUGGGCAGAUGUAUGCAAGGCACACAUGGUGGAAGCAAGGUGGUACCACCAGGGCUACACACCCAAUCUUGAAGAGUACUUGGAGAACGCACUAGUAUCGGUAUCGGGUCCCCUGAUAUUGACCCUUGCUUAUUGCACCAGUGACGAUGUAAGUCAAGAGACCUUGGAAGACUUCCACAGCUGUCCUGAGAUUGCAAGACGGUCAUCCAUGAUCCUUCGACUUUGUGAUGAUUUGGGUACUUCCAAGGACGAGCUUGAAAGAGGCGAUGUGCCCAAAUAUAUCCAGUGUUACAUGCAUGAGAGCGGUUUAUCGGAGUACGUGGCUCGUUACCAUAUCAGCCGCCCCUCCGCCUGUGCCAGGCCUGGCCGCACCUCUACCUCACCGACGGCGACGGCCUCACUCCGCCUCGUGCAUGGUCACCCCAACUGCUCUCCGACCCUCACCAUCGUCAUUAGUCAGGAGGGCGAGUAG